AUGGCUCACAGCAGCAACCUGGUCACUGUGCACCUCUUCACUUUCUGGGUCACACAUCUCGAGGGUCUCGGGAAAGGUUCACGCUAUCUGCUCCCCAAGCCCGAAGUUUUGCGUCUUCACAUGAAAGAUACUUCCCGCAAUGCCGCAUUGCUGUCGUCACCAGUGUGUUCGAGCUUUCUGACUCGGGGUUUUACAUCUGGUCGCCGCGAUGGGUACAAGAGCGGUAUCCGGAACGGCACCCCGAUGACACACAGCGCAUAUGUAGAAUGCCACCUUGGAGCUGGAGAUGGUCCAGGAAUAUACCUCGCGAUGCACGCGGCGAAGAUGGUCGGCCAAGGAUGGUCGGCGAGCGUACACGACGUGUUCUUGGCAUUAACCCCGCGCUGA